UUAAAGAACAUACGUCAACUAUGGACUACGAAGGAAUAAACGGAAGAACCGACGAAGAAAAUGAAAAGUUAAUCAACGAAGAGUAUAAGGUGUGGAAGAAAAACUCGCCCUUUCUCUAUGAUCUCGUUGUUACCCAUGCACUUGAAUGGCCAAGUCUGACAUGUCAAUGGUUUCCAACUAUUGAACGAUCAUCCGACAAUCUACACAAGACACAACAGUUGCUUCUUGGCACUCACACCAACGAUGACGAACCGAAUUAUGUACAGAUAGUUUCUGUCAGACUCCCAAACGAUGAGCCAGGUGUCGAUUUGCAGAAUUACGAUGAGAAAAUAGAUGGAGAUCAGGCCACACACAUCACCAUCACUCAGAGGAUUCUUCAUGAAGGAGAAGUGAAUCGUGCCCGCUACAAACUAGACGAUACCAAUAUUAUUGCUACUAAAUCCAGAACCGGCGAAGUGUAUAUAUUUGACCGGAGCAAAUACGAUCCGACACCAAAACCAAACGAAACAUUCAACCCAACCUUGAAGUUAAAGGGUCAUGAUGGAGAAGGCUAUGGUCUUGAAUGGAAUCCACACAAGGCCAAAUCAAAUCAUCUUCUUAGUUCUGGUUACGAUGCCCGAAUUUGUGAAUGGGAUGUCAAUGGAACGACUAAGGAGAAUAAGGAAUUGGAGCCAUUAAGAACAUAUACUGCACACACCACUGGUGUAGAGGAUAUCGCAUGGCACACACGCUAUGACUCAAUAUUUGCUUCGGCUGGUAACGACGGAAGACUGAUGAUUUGGGAUGCACGUUCGACAGCAUCUGAUAAACCAGUGUAUAAUAUCCGUGCUCAUGAUGCAGAAGUAAACUGUGUGUCUUUCUGCCCUGGGAGUGAAUGGGUUCUUGCUACCGGCUCAGGCGAUAAGACGGCUGCUUUAUGGGACUUGCGCAAUCUAAAGACAAAAUUGCAUACACUUCAAGGUCAUCGAUCAGAGAUCCUUCAACUUGCGUGGUCUCCUCAACACGAAUCUGUCUUGGCUACUGCAAGCAAUGACAGGCGUAUUCUUAUCUGGGAUCUGUCUCGUAUUGAUGAUGAGCAAACCCCAGAAGAUGCUGAAGAUGGUCCUCCUGAAUUAUUGUUUAUGCAUGGCGGACAUACUAACAAAAUUUCAGACUUUGGAUGGAAUCCUGCAGAACCGUGGGUACUUGCUAGUACAGCCGAAGAUAACAUUGUCCAAGUCUGGCAGAUGGCAAGCAAUAUCUACAAUAAGGAUAAAGAAAUCAAAGAGUCUUCUGAUACACUCAGUGAAGCACCAUCUACUAUGGCCACUACAGGCACAACCACAACUACUACCACUGCCACUACCACUACUACCACUGAUACUCCUGCUGUUCCUGCUGCUGCCAUACCAGCUGCUCCAGCUGUUACACCUACCACUGGCAAUACCACUACUUCAGUACCAAAUACUGCUAUUGAUGCUAUGGAAGAAUAGAAAAUGGGUGGGGAAUGUGUUGUACACAACGUGCACACCAGUUUUUUUUCUACCUAUUAUUUGGCUUUCUCCCUCUCUCUCUCCCUCUCUCUCUCUCUUUGGUUUCAAUAAAUCACACUUUCAAAUCGAACUG